CAAAGGUGGGCAGCUUCGUCAUCAUCCAGUGAUGUCUCGCCCCGCUCCAUCCCCCAUCUAUACCCUGAGGGGGGCCGGCGCACCCCUCAAUGCCCUACACUUCUGCUGCUCUGAAGGGGACCAUCCUCUCCUUUUCUCUGGGUCAGCCAAGGGUACUAUCCAUGUCUGGAACCUGAACACCAGGAGAGCUGAAAAGAUUCUAGAGGGCCACUCUGGUAACUCCGUCAUCUGGAUGAACACACUGCAGUCGACAGAUGCUCUCAUCAGUCAGGGUCGGGACAUGCGUGUGUGUCUGUGGGACCUGUGUGAGGGUCGCAGUGAGGUGUCAGACUCUGUGUGGACCGGCAGUGUUGGCUUCUGUCACUGUUCCUUACUGGAGAUGGGCCCUGCAACUUCGCUCCUCGCCUACCCUGGGCGAGAGCCAGAGGAGAUCAACAUCAUUGAGCUGCCCAGUAAGGCUGCAGUUUGCACCCUGACACCAGAAGCUAAGCGUGGGAUGGUCAUGUGUAUCAAACUAUGGCAGCCAGACACGGGUUGUGGGCCUCUCCUGUUGGCGGGCUAUGAGGAUGGCUCCCUGCUGCUGUGGGAUGUAUCCCAGAGGGCCAUGCUGAGCAGUGCUGCCGUCCACCCUGAGCCCGUCAUGUGCCUGACCUUUGACCCCAAGCGUCUGAAGGGCAUCUCAGGCUCCUCAGAGAAGAACCUCUUGCCCUGGGUGCUUGACAGGCAGAACAAGCUGCAGCUCCAGGAUCCCGUGGCUCUUGUCAACCCUGGAGUCUCUCAGCUUUGUAUUCGGGGGGACAGUAAGAUCCUGGCAUCAGCGGGUUGGGACCACCGCGUGCGUAUAUUCGGCUGGAAGAAGCUUCAGCCUCUUGCGGUCCUCCAGCAUCAUACUGACAUCAUCCUCAGCGUGGCCUUCUCCAACCACCAGGACCCCAGACACCAGCUCCUGGCUGCUGGCUCCAAGGACCAGCGCAUCAGCCUCUGGUCCAUAUACAACAAAGGAUCUGGCACUGGUUAAAACAUUGACUGAGCUCUGGAUGGAUAUAUGGACUCUGUUGAUCCUUCAUCCAUGACUUGUCUUCUCGUCUGAAUGGACAUUGGCGUGUCUUGUGGUGGCAUGUCACCCAACUGUAAUAUGCAAGACAGCAGGACUAGUCUCCAUAUAUAGAUUCUUAGUACUUAGGAAUAUUUGUCCUAACUAUCUCAGUUAGCUUCUCCUUAUGAUGCUGAAUAUUAAACCACACAACUCUGUGCCAAGUAUUGAAGUUGAACUUUACUUAAAAAGUCUUUAUUCCAGACCUUUCCCCUUUUCACACUGGAUCAAAAUUCAAGAUUCAUUAUAUCCAUCCUUAACACCCACUAGAUAUAGAAGGCUGUUUUUUAAAGUGGUGAGACCCGUCAAAACAUCUGAGACCUUUCAAAUAAUUAACAAGGCACCAGCCAACUUUUACCUCCCGCUGUUUGCCAAAGCCCGAUUCUCUGAGCAGCUAUGUUAUUGCGUUGGCUUAUCUGGUAGGAGAUUUGCUCCAGUGGACUUGAAUUUAAGGUAUAAGUCGCACCUGAGUGGCUGCGUAAUCCAUUGUUGUUAUUGUAGGAGGCCUUAGUUUAACAUGGGCCCUCCAGUCUGACCGGAGAUGUAUUUGUCAAACAAGGUUAAUCACCGCAGGGGCAUCAAGAGUAAAGCUGCUUUUCAACAAUGGCCUUCCACAGUCAAUAUUGUCUGGGUUUGUUUUUGUUUUUUCUAUUUGGUAACUUUUUUUCUUCUUUUUUUUUUUUUUGUUUUUACAAAUUUCACUUUUUUGCAAAGUCAAACAAGUGAAUUGCAGAUCAAAAUUUUAUUGUCAUAAUAUUUAUUUUGGUCAUUCUUAAAUAGGUAAAUAUGUUUAUUUUAAUUGUUAAAAUGAAAUCCUUAUAAUUAAUACUGAGUCUUUGAAUAACGAUACCCAGAUCUUGUGGCUCCCCAGCAUCGAUACCAAACCGUUGAACUAAUGUCAUGGAUAUUUAAGAGUAUAAAGAAUUUGCUGAUGAUUUAAAGCUUAACUGCUACUCUCCAUGUCCCUCUCAUUACACAACGUUAAACACAGAUGUUGUGUUUUUGCUUGAGUUCCUUAUUUUGAAAACUACGUUCAACAUGAAGGCCAGCGGUCUGGUUGUGAUGUCCCGGGGCAAACGGAGAGGUAUUUUUCUGCCCGUUGUCGUUACCGUCUCUUAAUAAUGUCCCUUUGAGCCCAUGUGCGGCAACGGCAUGCUGAGAGGCCCUCAGCCGGGACUUCACACAGCACGCAGACCUUCUGCACCAUGAAGAGUCUUUCUCCUGGGAUGACCCUGAGCAGAAAUGCUCAUCACGUCUGACAGGAAAGGUCUGAAAAAAUCCCAGAGCCAGACUAGCACAAUAGCCAUGAACUGCUGGUACAGAGGAAGGACAAAGCUGUUCAUUAGACAAACUGCCUUUUCAUGUCACUGCUGUCAUGGAGCAAAUAACUAGCUUUCUUUUUUUUUCAUGGCUGAUUAAAAUUUGACAUGUAUGUAUGUAUUGACUGAGUCUCAUAACAUUUUUGCUCUUUAAAAUGAUUAAAAAUAAUACCCUUGUUUGUUUUGA